AUGGUGUGGUACAAGGCCCAGUAUGAGCUCGACGUAGAAAAGGAGCGACAACGUAAGGAGAAGCUCAUGAAAAAGCGCGAGAGGAAAGCUGCGAAGGAGAGCAAGGUAGUGGUAAAGAAAGUAUCAAACAAAGUGCUGCGAAGGAUGCGCAUCAGUAAAAUGGAGAAGGAAGCGCGUGGUGACAUGGACGUUGACAAAAAGAAGAGCAAAAAAACAGCUGAAAAGAUGGACACGGAGGAAUGA